UAAGUGAAAAAUGAUAAUCUUACAUAUGUUUAAUGUAGUUUUUCCAUUUUUUAUGAUGUAUGUUUACAUAUUAUUUAUAAUUUUCGAAAAGUAGUAAUAUUAAAAUAUAAAACUAUAUUUUAUGUCACGUGUCAUCUUUCGGGAGAAGUUUUUUUUGUUGAUGUAGAUGCUUCAUGGAGCCUCAAAAGGUCUCUUUUAUUAGUAUAAUUAAGUUGGAAAGAACUACUUGGAAGCAUACCAAAAAAAAGAAGAACUAACUUGGAAAGAACAAUUUUUUUUAUUAAUUCGUGUAGUUAGAAAAAUAUUGGAAAGAAGCAAAUGCAAAAUAACUCAAAAAUUUUAACGUGUCGAAUAUUUUUGGAAAGAAGCAAAAAUCUAUCUAAAUAUUUUUUCCUAAAUCCCCUAUAUAUUAAUCGUGGAGCAUUACAACAUGUUUUCGUAACCACGUGUCAUCACGAGAAUGAUUUUUAAAAUUGUUAGAAAAAUAAGUUGGUCAAUAUAAACAUAUACUCUCCUAUGCUUUUUAUUAAACUAACUAUCAAAUUAAUUAGUAGUGUACAAAAGAAUAUUUUUUUUCCUUAAAUAAAAGCUAUGGAAUUACCUAAUAUGGUUAACAUAUAUAUGAAAAUUAAUAAUUAUGAAUAAUACAUAUUUGAUAACAAUUUUUCUAACCUCUCUCUCUCUCUUUUUUUUAAUUUUAUAAUAUUAAUGUUAUCUUUGAAUUUUUAAAAACGACUAUAAAUUAUGUUUUGAAUUUUUUAAAAUGACUAUAAAUUAUUAAAAAGCGAAAGUCCCACAUUGAAAAUUUUGUGAUAUAGUCUAACUUUUUUUGUUCAAGCAAGAUACAAAUGAUCAUAUAUCGUAAGGGUGGGCGUUCGGGUACACGUUCGGUUUCGUAUCGGGUAUUUCAAUAUAAAGGUAUAUAACCCAUUCGAGUAUUUCUACACUUCGAGUCGGGUUCGGGUAUUUUAUGUUCGGGUUCAGAUAUUUAAAUUUUGAAGAAAAAUAAAUUAAUUAUUCAUUGUUUAAGUUGUUUCUUGUAUUUAAAAAAUAUUUUAACUUAAUUGGUUUCUAAUUUCUAAAAGAUUAAACUAUUCAUAGGUCUGGAGAUAAAAAUUUAAAAAUAUAAAGACACUAGUUUAGUUGUUGUUUUGAAAUUUUCGAUGUUGCCUAUUUGGUUUUGGUGAUUUGUGUCAGCCGCGAAACUUAAUUUCUUUUUGUGCAUAUGAAGUCUUAAAAAUAAUAAUGAGAUGUAAUAUGUUAACUUUUCAACAACGAUGAUAUAUUUAAGAGACCAACAUUUGUAUUCGUCAUUUAUAAUCGAUAGAUAUUGUAGUGUUGCAAAAUGUUAAAACCAUUUAAUAAACAAACAUUAUUAUAAAAACUCACCCCGCGCAUGCGCGCGGGUUAUCAUCUAGUAUGUAGUAUAAUACAAAAUCACUAUUGCGACUCUCUAUAGUUAUAAAUGAGUAAAGUGUGACUUUUACAUCGCAAAUAAGAGAUUGAUUGCAUACUUAGAGAUCGCAUCCACAUAGCGUAUCAACCACACAAUAUACUAUAAAUUUAUAGAUUAAGCUAGGUAAAAUAUAUGAAAGCAGUACAUAAAGCAGUAAAUUGGGUUAUAAAUAAGAUGGGAAAAAACCAGAAAAAUGGAAUUCAAACAUAUUAUCAUAACUCAAAUCUAAAGAUACUAGGCAUUUAUUUAGAUCAGUCCUAGAACUCGAACUCAAUAGUAAGUAAUCCAGCUCUCGCAUGUAAUUACUAUCAGAUGUUUAAACUAUCAAAGGCCAACUCUCGUUGUGGAAUUAAUUAUUCAAGGCACGCAUUAAUGUUCAAAUUCGAUAUGUUCACUAUGUUUCAUAGGCCAACUCUUGUUGUGUCUUUCAACUUAGCUUAGCACGAUUAGAUUAAGAUAUCUAACCCAUUAUCGCGGUUGUUGAUUAUCAUAUGAUCAGGUUUCUAGUUAAUUACUUUAGAAACAAUAAGUUACAACAAUCCUGUGAAGGAUGCAAGAUGAUUAGCAUAGCAGUUCUAUAUUUACAAAUUCAUCAAAACCUUAGGAAACCCUAAAUCUAACAAGUAAACUACUCAUACACAUUCAAGUAAGACAUAAAGAUAAACUGAAUGAAUUGCGUAAAAUAAAUAGAGAAAGUUGAUUUCUCUAUAAGACACAUUUUUCUCUUUUUUGACAUUAUAAGGCACAUUGUGCUUGUGGCACACUUUCACAGUUUCCCAGACAGCUUUUGUACAGAAAUACCCUUUGUCCAACCACAUGUAACAAGAUAGUGUAAUUGAUUUUAUUUUGUUUAGUUAGACAAUGGAAAGUCAGUUUGUAAUCUAGUGAAGAAAAAAAGUACGUAUAGGAUAAAGUGACAAAUUGCAACCGUUAGAUGACGGACACACAAAAUAAUCUGAGGGUCAAGACUUGUUGUAGUAUUUUUUUUACCUCCAUCAUAUUUAACUCAUUAUUAUUUCAUUUCCCAAUAUGUAAAUAAAUAUAUAAUAACUGUAUAAAUGUCUAAUUUUUUUUUCCUUUUUAAUUUGAUAUCUAUAUAUAUAUAGUUUUAAUAUUUUAUUAUAUUUUUCGAAUUUUAGUUUACUAGUUAGUGGUUUCAUGUGUACAUAAAAAAUGUGGAUGCGAAUUUUGUUGACUUAUGGAAUGUUUGAUAAGAAAGUUGUGUAUAAAUUCAUAUUAGAGAUUAUCUUUAUUUGUUUUAGUCACUUUUUUCUUUAGGUAGAAAAUAGUUUUGACUAACUCGUUUUUUGUUGUUAUUAUUAUCAAUUAUGCAUCUAUUUCUUUAUGUGAUUACUUUCAAAUAUUAAAAUAUAUAAAUAAAUAAUUUUAAUAUAAUAAACUAUAAUUUUUUUUUAUCUUAUACAUUUUGAGAUCUAUUUUAGUAGAUUUUAACAAUUUAAAUAUGAGAAAACACAUGAACACAAAAAAAAAAUUGUAUAUUAAAUGUUUGUGGACGAAUUAAAUGUGGACAUAUAUGUUGUGGACUGAGUAAAAAUGUGGUCAUGGACACAAUAUCAACAAAAAAAACAUAUAUAACACAAAAACAAAGAAUUGUAGAUUAAACAUUUGUGGACAAAUGAAAUGUGGACAUAUAUAUAUGUUGUAGAUAUACUUUCCUAAAUCUCAUCAAGACCUCAACUUUACUAGGAUCCUCCCAAGUACUAUGCAUCCUUUGGUUAAACCCAACAUGAAUCACCCUAAACUCUGACUUAGCAAAAAUCAAACUCCAUAUAUAUGUAGAGUAAGCGUGGACACAUGUGGACAUAUAAGCGAGUAGUACAUGCUUAUUACCCUCCAUCAACACUUUUUUUUGGAUCAAACCCAGAUUUUAUAAAUAAAAGCUAACACUCCAUAUAUUGAGGACUUGUUCACCUGAGCAGUCAUAUCAAAGUGAAGACUUUCUCUUAUUGCCUCGUUGACAUGACUCGGGGAAAUCGUCGAGUGUUGAUAUCAACUCGGUAACGGAGACGUCGACGGCUCUGCUUCGCUGUAGUGGAUUCAGCGCCGGUGGUCGACAAGUCUUGAUUUGGGUCCGGUGUUUGCCGUCAAACUCGUUGACUAAGAUCGAAGAAACUUGAACACUUCUUCAAGAUUUUUGCAUUCUUCUUCAGAUCCGGCCAUAGAAACUCGUUAGUAACACGGCGAGUCUUUAGCAAACUCCAUCUUAUUCUUCAUGAGAAAAUAAGCGAGAUUUGAGAGUAUUAGUAGAAGAAGGCAAGAGUAAACUGAGAAAGUGAAAUCAAUCAAGCUUUUGCGCCUCCGAGUUCUUCAUGUUUUUCAGUUUCUGGGAGAGGAUGAAAGAGAAUCGCCUCAAUUAGAGUUCAAGAAACAAGGAAAGUGAUUUUGAAUUUUAACUUUGAAAUAGGAGAGAUAAUGAGUAAACAAUUUUUAUUUGUUUGUUUAAUUGGACCGUUUGGUUUAGACUUUAGUUAGAAAAGAAAAGAAAAAUGAGGCAAGUUGUAGUUUGGGGGUACAAGGGACAAUAGACACAAAGAAAGUAUGCUUCCAGCAUGAAGUGUCUGAAUGUGUUAAAAGAAAGUGGAAAAGUGUCCUAAGGUGUAAAUUUUCAAAGAAAUACUGGAAUUCCAAUCAAAUCUCUGAAGGAGUCUUAUGAUCUUAUCUCCAUAAACCUCUCUAAGAAUAAAUAAAAUCUUAGCCUAAACAGUGGGUGUAAAUAUAGAAUAAAUAAGUUAAAACACGUCCAGAGGUCUUUUUAUAAUUAGUAAAAACUUUUGGGUGAAAAGUGCAAUUGGUGGAAACUUGAGCCGGCCUCGCGAAACACAUCGGUGUCGAUCAACACUCCUUCCAAAUAUCGACUUUGGCAUCUGUAUUUUUGCACAGCUACUGGUUUUGCUUCUCUUCAGUCUCCAAAUUGCUCUAUGAUCUCCACAAUACUCAAAAACGUACCUAUACCUGAAAAGACCUCAAAACAUACACUCGUUUCUUCAGCUCUAUGUUGUUGUCUCUCUCCAGAAGCUUCCAUGGAACCUUGUGAUGUCUUUGAUACAUCUAAGAGAUUUUGAUCUCUUUGAAACCCACUUGGUUACAGAUAACAUGUAUGUAUCUGUCUGAUUCAAGAAGUGUUCUUGAUGAUAAAGACAUAACUUAUGCAUUUGGAUCUGAAGAGGAGAAGCAAAUUCCAUCAAAACACAUGUCUUUAUUUUACUUUUUAAGAAGUUGAGAUUUGUAAUAAGGUUUAAGAGAGAAAAUAGAAACCCGUUAACCCGUUUUUUGCUCAGAUCUCAACGCCGGCCGUGUACUCAGUUCUUGAUUCAGAUCUAUACAAAAAGUAGAAAACAAAGUGAAUAUUAAAGAAAGACAGAUUGAGUAACGAAGAGAUAGAGAGAAGAUGGUAACUGAAUAAUUUUUGAAAAUUUAAUAUUUGAAGAGGAAAAUGACUGAAUAUAGUUGGUCCGAGGAACAAUGAAAAGCUCCGCUAAUUAUUACAACUAGGGGUUGGCCCGCCCUACGGGCGGGUGAGUAUACAUUAAAACUAUUUUAUAUUAAAAUAUGUAUUAAUUUUAUAAAACAUUUGACAAUUUACUUUAAACUAUUUUUUUUCUAAAAUCAUAUAUAUUGUAAAUUUUAUUAAAUUUUGCUGGUUUGAGUUGAAAAGACCAUUCACAUUUUUUUUUGUUAGAUACAAAAUUAUUAAAUAAAAACUAAGAAAAAUGCAUUGAUUAAUAUUUUUCUAUUUUAUUUCCAUUGCAAUUUGAUAAAUUUAAGAAAAUCUAAAGCAAGAAUAACAAAUAUUUUUUUUUUCUAGUACCAGAUUUUAAUAUUAUUACAAUAAUUUAUUUUUUCGCGAUAAUAAUACAUUCACUUCCAAGCUAAAUCAAUCGAAAAUCAAAUGUAAUGUGAUAAAAUUAUAAAUAUUUAUAUUUUUAAAGUAAUAUAUAAAAAGUUUCGAUAAUUUCAUAAAUGAUAAUUAGAAUAUUUUAUGUAACAAAAAUUAUGUUUUCAAAUAUAUGUUUUCAGUUUAUAUUAGAUAUUCAAGUUAUAAUGAAGUUUUCCUUAAUUUUUAGUGUUUUACUAAUUAUGUUUUGUAAAUUGUUUUAGCGUUUUCUGAAUUUUUUUUAAAUUUUUUUUAUUGAAAUGUCACUCAUGCUAUUUAAAAAUAUUUUUAUAAAUAGUGUUAUAAAUUAAUAAGAUAUUACAUUUCUAAUAGAAUUUUACUUGAAUUUCACACCCUAUCAUAACAAAUAAUUUACUUUGAAUAAGCUAGAGUAAACCAAACAUAAUUUAAUCAAAUAACUUAAUUGUAGUGUAAUCAUUAAUAAUAUGGAAAUUACGAGAAACCAAACAGCGCACAAAUGUUUUCUGAAAUUUGUUUGUCUUUUCAAAGACUAAAACCUAAAGAAGUAACUAAAUCAUUUAAUCUUUUCAGUGGUGAUGUAUUGAAUGUUUCUAUGUAAUUAAAUAUCUCAUUCUCAGUUUCCACAUAGUAACAUAACAUCAUAAAGCAUGUAUACUUACAUAAUUAAAUGGAACAAAACAAUAUGUUAGGUUUAUAUUCCAGACCAAAACAAUUAAAGAAUAUAUCACCAAAACUGCAAACAGUUAUGUAUAUACUUUGAAUCUACACAAAUCAUGAUUUAUUUUUUACUCUUGUACAUUUACUUUGAUUUUUUGUUAUACUUUUUUUUCUUAAAUUUGAUUUAGAUAUUGCGAAAGACGAAAUAAUUGACUCAAUGUAAUAGAGUUAGUAUCUUAAUUAGAUACACAAUAUAAAAGUUAGUGUUGUUACUGAUAUACUUUUUUAUGUUUGCUUUUUUUUUUGAACAUCAUGUUUUCUUAUUUUACGAUCAAGUUAUUAUCCAUGUAUAAAACAUAUAUUUUUAUCAUAAUUUGGAUUGAAGAAUUUUAGAGUUACAUAGCAAAGUUGUGUAUGUCAAAAGCAUCAUGUCAUCCUUUGCGUAUCUCAUCGAGACAACCACGAACCAAACCAACUUGACCAUCACAACCUGCCACCUAUCCUCAUCAUCAUCAUUGCCACUAACCACCUGCCACCUAUUAUCACCAUCACCUGAGGUCAGAAUGUCUCACAGACCUGUUGUCUCCAUGCGAGAUACAUUUGAAGCACCUCUGCUGAUGCAGACAUUACAACUUUGAGCUGAAUUCUAUUUUUUUUUUGGGGGAAAAUAUGCUUUCGUUUUUGUUACAUACACUGCAGCAAAGAACGAAGCUACCAACGAAAAAAUCUUACUGCACUUUAAACAAAUGGAGAUAUUAAAAACCACUUCAAUCAGAGAAACAAAAACUACAAAUUAUUGUGCAGGAAGUUUUCUACAUAUCAAUUAAGUGUAGACAAAUCAAAACCUGGCUCGUCUCUGCUAGAAUCUUGAUGUUUCUUGAUACAAUUUGGAUUGAAGAAUUUGUAGAGCCAAGUUGUAUCGAGACAACCAGGAACCCAACCAACUGAAUCAUCACCACCUGCCAUCUAUCAUCAUCAUCAUUGCCACUAACUUGAAAAAUCUAAUUCCCAUACGCUAAAAGUUAAAUAUGCAUAUAUAUUACUCAUCAUAAACUGCAUCCUUUCUCUGCACUCUCUUGCACAUUCAUCUCGUUUCGCUGCAAAACGCCAAACUGUACCGUACAAUGGGUUUCACUUCUUAAGAUCAAAUACCUGUAAUUGUAUAACCACCUUGAUCUCACAAAGCAAGUACAAUUAUCACAGAAACAAACAAAAAACAAUCCAAGUAAUAAAGUUUUUGUUUUUUCAUGAUAAGAAAAGUGUAAACGUUUUUUAAUGUACUAAGAAACUUUCUUACACAUGAAUCAGAAUCUAUAAAGCCAAAAGAUUGUGUAACUUUCACCGAUAACAAUCAGAGAAAGACAGAAGAUUUAAUCAUGACAGAACACUAAGAAUAUCGUAGCUCUACAACCCACAUCGAAUCAACUUAUACCAUAUACUUUACAACAAAGUGAUUCCAUCCACAAUCUAAACUCAAAUAAAGUGAAAAGUAGAUUAAAAUCCUCUUCAUAUAAUUAAAGAAAGAACGACCCAGAACCGUGAAUUAAGUUUUUUUUUAACCAACAUCAACGUAAAUGCAAAGUUGAAGUAAGGUGAGCUCAAAAGUUACGAUCUUUAAUAUCUGAUACAAAAAUCAAAACAAAAGACACAGACCUGUUCUGCUCUCAUCAACCAUCGAAGCCUCUCUUUAAGAACAUGUACAAACUAAUCACUAAUGACUGAGAAAAAGAAAAUGCUGAUUUUUACAGGAAGAAAAUUACAUAUUUAUAACUCCAGAUUCACCGUCUGGAAGAAGGGAGAUGAUAUAUUGAAUGAGAAAUCGUGGAAAGAGUGGGGGAGAUGAUGUUAAAUAGAAUGUUAAUGACAAAAAUGAAUGAUGUCGAGUUUCGUAACUGUGCCAGUUUUCAUAGCAGGUGAGAAGAAUUUCAAGGGUUUGACGCAGACAGCGAAAUAUUUUUCAUGAAACUCACGUUAGUGUGCUGAUGUGUAACUUUGAUUGGUUCUGAAUAUUUUUGAUGAUGUGUCAUGUCUAGAAAUCCUUCAAAUUAGCUUCUUUUAUAUAGUAGGAUUAGUAGCUGGGUCUUUAGUACAGAAGUAUGUCAGUUUAUGCGCAUAACUACUAGUAGAGGCAAUGAAGGCUUUUAAGAUCAUCUCCCAUGUAUUUUGUUAUUUUUACCUCUAAAAUAGAAAAUUUCUAUAAUAGAGAUAAAAUUUAUUUUAAUGUGUUCUCCUAUAAUAGCAAAAUUCAAAAUAUAGAGUAAAAAAUAGAGAUUGCUAUUUCUUCCUCCAUAAAUAGAGGAAAAAAUAGCAAUCUCUAUUUUAGAGGAAGAUAUAACAAUUGAAUUGGAACCAUUUUGCCUCUAAAUACUAUUAUAGAGACAAAAAUAACAAUGGAUUGGAGAUGUUCUAAAAGUUUCAUACAGUAAAUUAAAAGUAGUUGUCUAUUUAAUUAAUUAUCUUAUGAAUCGUAGCUAUUCAGAAAUUUUCUUUCGAAAUAAGAAAUAUAAGAAAAUAAAUAUCCGUUAUAUGGAAUAAUUAUUUAAUUUUUGUUCAUUUUCCAUUUAUUGAUGAUUUUUAUACUAUUUAAUUAAGAUUAGAAAAAUAUUUUUCAAUUAAGCCCACGAUUGAGUUAUGGUGCUAUUUAUGGAAUCCUUUUCAGUUUUAAAAGUGAAUAGUCAGAUCAAAAUCGCUAAUCCCUAAAGAUACAUUCGUUGCAGGUCGAAAGCUCUUGUUUGUUGGCUUCAAUGUCGUCCCAUAAAAAGAAAAGGAAUAAGAAGUUGCUUAAUUCAUCGCCGUUGUUCCCGCUAUCGACCGCAAACUUGUCACUUCCCCAUGAUUUGCUAUUGAACUGCAUCGGACGCCUCUCGAGAUUGUACUACCCGACUCUCUCCCUCGUUUGCAAAAGCUACCGAUCUCUCAUUGCUUCGCCGGAUCUUUACACGACCCGUUCCCUUUUAAACCGCACAGAGAGCUGUCUCUAUGUUUGCUUACAGCGCUCUCCUGACUCUAACCCUAGAUGGUUUACUCUCAGCCGGAGACCGAACCGAACCCUAGCUAGGAAUAAGAAGCUUAGUGACUAUCUUUUGGUUCCAGUCACAUCUCCCCAUGUUACUUCUCUUCGGUCGAGUUCAGUCGCUGUUGGUUCUGAUAUCUACGAAAUAGGCGGACUCAUCAAUGGCGUGCCUUCCUCUAGUGUCUCGGUUCUGGACUGCCGGUCUAACUCGUGGCGCCAGGCUCCAAACAUGCAGGUGGGUAGGUCGUUUCCAUCAGCUAAUGUCAUUGAUGGAAAGAUACUUGUUAAAGGAGGUCUGGAGCUUAAAGACGUGAAUUCAUCCAAGUGGGUAGAGGUUUUCGAUCCAAAUACUCAAAACUGGACGACUGUGUCAUUUACGUGUGGAUCUAAAGAAUGGCAAUCAGAGGAUGAUAAUGGAACGACACGGCGUUCAUCUUCUUUUUGCCUGAUUGAUGACGUGUCUUACUGUUUUGACAACAGAAAGUUAAAAUGGUUUGACGAGAAGGUUGGAGAUUGGAGAUUCGUAACGGGUUUGGAAAGUGUGCCUAAGUGUCUUUUGGGUUUUAACACUUCUUGUCAAGUUCACUUGGCGGAUUAUGGUGGAAAGAUGGUGGUUUUAUGGGACAGGCAUGAUCGUUCUAGCAAUUGUCAGGGAAGGACUAUUUGGUGUGCGGUGAUUGCCCUGGAAAGGUGUAGUAGUGAAGAGAUUUCCGGGACCGUCGAGUGGUCUGAAGCGGUGCUUAAAGUCCCCAACUCUUUUGCAUUCGUGCAUGUUCUUGCUGCUAUAGUUUGAUGGAAACACAAUUGAGACAUGUGUUUAAUCAAUCAGUACAAUUCUGGUUUCAGUCUUAUGGUGACUCUUCUCUGUGUCUUUAGCUGCUUUUUUUUACCCUUGUAAACCUUUACUAGGCUUCCAAUAUUUUUUAGAUUCUUAAUGGUUAACUUAUGGUAUUGCCGUUACUGCUACAAGCCUACAAUGCAUUUGAAACAUUAUCAGCGCCGCCCUUGCCUGUCACAAGCCCUACUCAAAACUAAAAGUGUGCUUUGGUCAGCUAUGUGAGUUUAAGAAUGUUACCGUUCUAUGUUGUCUAACGUUUACUGUUCUGGAUACCUGUAGCAUUUAAAAAAAAAAUACUUCAAGUAAAGUAUUAUGAGUGAUUUUCUCUUUAAGACACGUUUUGGAGUUUUUUAACAGCCGAAGACACUUCUUGCAGGCACAUUCACGGUAGUCAGAAGUUAGUUUGCUUUAUGUGUUGAGGAAUUAUUACGGUAGGUUUAUAGGAAAAAAAGGCUUUUUUGAGUUGUUAGAUGUGGUUAGUAAAAGUAGAUCGUUGGGCUAGGAUUAUUUGAAUCUUUUAAUAUUACUAUUAUCAAUUCUCCCCCUAUUUAUUUAUGUGAUUAUUUUCAAAUAUUAAAGUAUCUAAAUAAAUAAUUUUGAUAUAAUAAGCUAUAACUUUUUAUCUUCUACAUUUUAAGUUUCAUAUAUAUAUAUAUUUUAUAUAUUUUAACAAUUAUAUAAGAAUGUAAAGAUAUUGAAACGAGUAUUUUUCAUUUCAAGACCCUUUAUGAGUUUUUAUCACAGUUUGAGACACUUGUCACUACUAAGGUAUUUUAUUGUUGUUGUUUUACAACAUUAUCCCUCUAAUUGAAACAAACUGUGUUUUUUUAUUUUGUUCAGUUAAUUCUUUUAUUUUUUAAAGUAUUUAAAUUUUAAAACCAAAGCAAUGCCAAACACUUUGUAAUUUAAUUUGACCCAUAAAUUUUGUUUUUGACCAAAAGUUUCUAAGUUUUUCGACCAAAAUCCGGCUGGGCUAGCCGGUUUAAGCAAUGGUAAAAUCAGGAAGUGCUUAAUACCCUGUUCAAACACCGGGUGUGUCGUGACCAGAAAAUCAGGGGAUAGGGUAAAUGUUUGGCAGAGAAGAGCCAUGGAGUUUUGAUUGUAACUGGUUAAAACUCAGAAAUUAUGAAAAAUUUUGUUUUUUCUUAUGUGUUGGCUUUAAUCGAAAUGUAUGCAAUAUGUGUAAGGUUUGGAGGUAGAACACCAAAAAAAAAAAAAAUUGCAUGAAAAAAAUCUAUGGAGGCUCUGAGAUAGUUGCAGAAAUCAUGGGAAGCCCUAAUAUGAAGAUGAUGACAUAAUUACAAAAUUGCCACUCUCCAAAGAAAUUAAGCUAUAAUGAGCAAAACCGCAGAUCGAACCUAGGGCGAGAGAGUCAGAAGAAAAGCCUUUUUACCACUAGUCUACGCAAACAUUUCAUUUUUAUUUUUUAAAAUUAUAUAUGGUUUCUUAUAUAAUGUCAGAAUGUGUACAAGGAGUAUAAAGUUUACUGGUUAUAAGUAAAUAAACUUGAUACUAUAACGAUUUUGUGUUGCUUACAUUGAUAUUGUUAUAUGUUUGUACAUGUGUACAAGCUUUAAUGUGUACAAUGUUUUGUCGAUGUACACAUGUACAAAGUAUAUAAUUUUGGGUGUGCACAUAUUUUUUUUGUUGCAAAGACUUCCUAUUUUAUGAAUAGACCAAUCUAAAAGAAAUAAUCAACCAAAAUGAACAUCGAGUUGAGGAUGUGGGACUCAUUUAUGAUUAAUGAAAAACUAGUGAUUAGUUUGUUCCAUGUAAGAACAUAAAACCUGGGACUUCUUCAAAGAGGCGAGAUCAGAAUCUUUUUACUAGUUGAAAAAUCACAAUUUUGAUUCAAACAAGGGAGACUCAUAAUGACAUGAAGAAAGACACCAAGUUUUCAAAAAAAAAAUUUGAAAUGUACAUACAACCAUAUCAGUGUACACGAAGUUUUUGUUGGUGUCCACAUGUACGCUGUAAACUAUGUACAAUAACCCAAAUUCACUACUCACUUGAAACAAACGAGACUCAUAAUGACAUGAAAAAAACAACACCAAGUUUUCAAAAAAAAUUGAUAUGUACAUACGACCAUGUAAUCAUCAGUGUACACGAUGUUAUUGUUGGUGACCACAUGUACGCUAUAAACGAUGUACAAUAACCCAAAUUCACUACUCACUUGAUUCAAACAAGGGAGAGUCAUAAUGACAUGAAAAAAGGACACCAAGUUUUCAAAAAAAAAUUGAUAUGUAUAUAUGACCAUACCAUCAUCAGUGUGCACGAAGUUUUUGUUGGUGUCCACAUAUACAAAGUAAACGAUGUACAAUAACCAAAUUCACUACUCGCUAGUCUCUCUGCAACAAUAAUCACGCUCCCUACUAACUACUCUCUCGAAAAAUAACAGAAGCUUUGUGGACAUCUUUUAUGUUUGCCAAAAGGAACUUCAACCCAAAAGACUAACCUCACAUGUCUCACUUGGAAAUUCGUAGAGGCAUAAAUUCUCAUUUUCUGCAUAAACAAGAAACACACUCUCUGUUACAGAAGUUUUGCGGAAGAAAUUAUAAUAAAUAUCUUUAUCUAGACCAAACUUGUAAACAUCAUAAUCUAACCAUUUCUUCGUUGUGAUGGAUAUGAUUUGAGUUCUGACUCUGGACAAACCAGAGGACGCACGUUAGAAUUGUGGCAGAGAUGCUACAGAAUGUUGGUGGAGACAGCGGUGCGGUGACAGAGACGGCGGAGAAUGGUUGUGGAGACAGCGGAAAACAGCAGAGGAAACGCCAGAGAUGAAAGCACAUGUCUUUUUGUCUAAUGAUACAAGAUCUGAUGCCUAAAUACCCACACACAGAGGCUCUAAAGGCGUGUGAACGGCUGAAGACGUUUGGAAAGGAAGAAUCGAUAUCACCAUCUCCGGCCACAGAGAAACCGCCAAAAUUGUCGGAGCCACCGUCACAUAACACCUCUACAUCAACAAUAUCGUUUACUCUCCGUCAACGCAAUCGAUGAAUCUAACGCACAACUUCUUCUGCUCUGCCAUCUUCUAUAGAUGGACUGAGUUUCCAAAACCAUGGCAAAAAGGAAAAAAAAAAGCUAUAAGGAAAGAGAUAGAGAAAGAGAAUAGUGUCUUGAAAAGUUAAAAACUCUAAAGGUAAAAUAAACGGGAAAUCGGCAGAUUCAUACAUUAAUAGAAGGUCCCGGUCCUGAUCAGUACAUGCACUCGUACCUUGUGCUAAAACAUACACCAACAUUUAAUAUAUUCAAAUUUCAUACAUGAACAACAAAAUUUAGGUCUAUUCAUACUUUGACCGUCUGCGCUGUGUAGUUGCAGAAAACCCUAAUGACUUUCAGAAGAAGAAGAUGAUAUAGUUACGAAAAUACCAUUCUUUAAAGAAAUGUUAAAAAAUAGAGCCAGACAAGAUUCGAACCCGGAUCAACUUGAUUGAAACCCGUGACACAACCACUAGGCCACGCUGAUAGUGAUUGUUGUUAUUUACAUUAACUAUAUAUUAUAUAUACUCUCAUUAUUUUAAACAUAGGCACCACAUAUUAUUGUUUAAUUGACAUGUAAGCAAUCCGUUAACUCCACGUAAGCAGCGUUUGACUAACGGAAUCACGGUCAAAGUAUGAAUAGACCUAAAUUUUGUUGUUCAUGUAUGAAAUCUAAAUAUAUUAAAUGUUGGUGUAUAUUUUAGCACAGGGUACGAGUUCAUGUACUGAUCGGGACUGGAGCCCUUUGUUGAUGUAUGAAUCGGCCGAUUAGUUAGAUUUUAAUUUAAUAGGUUGGGCUUUCAUAAUAACAAAAAGGUAACAUCGGGUUUUCAUGGGUUGGAAAAAGAGAAAAAUGGGUUGGAAGAAGAGAAAAGUGUGUGUGGAGUUGAAAAUGUCCCAUGGUGUAAUUAAAAUGUGUAAAAGUGAUCUAUUAUGUAAUAUUUUCUAUUAAAAAUUUGGAUGUGAAAUUUUUUGACAUGUACAGAAAAUAUGUAACAAAAAAGAGUGGACAUGAAUGGAUGAAAAAGGUGAAAAACUAAAAAACUAACACAAAAUUGUAUGUGUUCGUAGCUGAGGAAGCUUAGCAACAAAUGUCUUGUGGAUGAAUCUUGUUUAAGAGAUUGGAGAUUAAAUUCUGCCGAACAAAGCUUUUAAUUGUUUUUCUUUCCCUAAUCAUUAUGACUAAAUGUGUGGACAUGGAUACAAAAAAUUUGAGCGAACAAAACAUUGACAUGUGCGGAUAAUACAUAAACAAGAAUAUGUGAACAUGCAUGGAUCGAUGAAAAAACCAUGAACAAAAAGAGAUGGAGAACUUUUACAAGUUACAAUGGACAAAAAAGUAGAUAGAUAAACAUGGACAAACAUUAUGUGAAUAGACGAGUUGUGGAUACGCAAGCAGUGGACAUAAGUUUGUGAAUUUGUCGUUUGUGGAUAGACAAAUAAUGAAAGAAUGAGUUAUAAACCUUCUAAGAUUUUGACAAUGCUUCAGCUUCAUCAGUAGCACAAGCUUUUAAGUUGAUUCUCUUUUGAUUUCAGUGUAUAAAUCUUUUGUUUCAUUUGCUCUUGACUGUUUUGUCUGAGUCCCUGCACUCUCAUCUUGCUCUCUAUCUUCAACCGAGACCACAACUUCUAGAGCUUUAGUUCAUGUUUACUUUUAAGAAGCUGCAGAGUUGUUGUAUCCUUCUUAGAUGAACUCGUUUAGAGAUUUCGAGCUUUUAUACGAACUCAUGACCUGAAUGUUUCUAUUGGAUGAAUCCAAAGAAGUCCAAUGACAAAUCCCCGCGGGAUAGUGUAUUAAAGAUUCUUGACAAGUGAUUAGAACGUGUUGGAUCCUAAUUGUUUAUAAGCCUUUGAAAACUCCAGCAAUUUCUGUAAUAUACAUAAUUAGAACAAAGCAACACAAUAUCUGUUUAAAAUAUCAACUCUCGGGGUUUACUUUCAAAAGGUCUAGAGUUUGUGAACUUGUGUCUCUUCUCCUCUGUUUUCAUUGAGUGAAAACAUAUCCUAAAUCCAAUCAACUAAACAAAGAUAACAUGUUCAGUAUACAGAGGAGGGCUGAUUAUAUUAAUAGUCUCUUAUAUAACAUUUCAAAAUCGUGAGGAAGGGUUUAUAAUAGUCAACAAACAAAAGAUUUACAUCAUCCGUAAAAUCUCUAAUAGACACAUCACAAAACAUAAUCACAAACUCACUGUGUAAGAGAAGAAGAAGAAGAAGAAUCUGGAGGUUUUUGAAAGCCUGAAACACAAAACAUAAUCACAAAGCAGAAUCACAAAGCAGAAUCACAAACCCAUUGUGUUUUGGGUUUUAUUCUGAAGAAGAAGAAUCUAUGGAUUUUGUAUCAGAGUUACGGAUAAUUCAGAGACAAGGAACUGGCCACCAGGAAAAGGAAAGUUCAACAAGUCUCGCUCCAAGUCAACACAAAGAAAUAAGAUAUGAUGGAUAUCCUUGAAGGAAUGUCAUUUCAAGAAACAAUGUUAUAAAUGGCUAGAAAGGAACAAGGGAAAGGUUCAAAUUCAGCACAAAUCGGAGUCAUCAAUGGUAAGAGAUGAUGCACAUGAUCUAGUUAGGUUAAUAGCUUCAGUGGACAACAUGUCAGUGGAGCAGAAUGACAAAGAGGAAUGAGUGGUAGACACGGGUUGCUCAUUCCACAUGACUUCUCGAAGAGAUGUGUUUAUUCAGUUUCAGAAACGGCGUUCAGGUAAGGUCAAAAUGGAAAAUAACAAUCAUACUGAGAUCAAAGGGAUUGUUUCAGUUAGUUCAGAAAUCCAGAUGGUACGACUUUUGUUUUACACGAGGUAAGGUAUAUGCCUGAGAUAGCUAGGAAAUUGAUAUCAUUGGGAACUCUGGAGAGAAAAGGUUGCGAGUUUAAAUGUUCAGGUGGCCAUAUCAAAAUGGUAAAAGGCUGCACAAUCAUAUUAAAGUGAUACGUGAAGCUUGAUAUACUAUGGAAUUUACCAGUUUUAGCUAUUGUAUUAGUCCUUUUUAGAGUCAUUAUGUUAUGUGUGGAGUCUAUUCUGAGCUUUGUCAGGUCCAAACAUGUUAUAGAGAAUGUGAAGAUUAUGGAGUUUAUGGAUAAGGAAACUCAUAUCUGUUCAACAAAUCAAAGCCAGAGCCGAGAUUUAGAAGAAAUGUCGAUCAACGCUGCAACCUUAGUGUUGCUCGACACCAAUGCAAGUAGAUGGGCCCGACUUGUUUCAAGACCGGCUCAAGCUGAGAAGAUCCACAUAUUACUAGAAUGCUACUUUAUACCUAGUAUUUGUAGUGUUUGCCAUUGUUUUAGGCAAAACACACCAUCACAAACAACCACACACCAUCACAAACCCCCUUACACAAUAUUUACUUAGGGCUUUAAUUAGUACCUUUUGGAGAAAAGAUCAAGAACUCCUUCAGAAAUUUUGUAUCAAAACUCUAUUUUUUUUACCUUAUUCUAUUUAUGUAUUCUAUUCAGACUA